AUGUCUUUUGAAUAUUCUCAAGAACUUACCAGCGAUUAUGAAAAAUUACUUAAAAUUGAUAAUGGAUGUGAUGUUAUUAUAUAUACUGGUGAAGGUGAAAAUGUAGAAGAAAUUCGUGCACAUUCACUUAUAUUAUGCAUUAGGUCUAAGUAUUUUCAUGCAGCAUUUUCUAACGAAUGGGCCGAUAAAAAAGAUGGAAAUUUUAUUCUUAAAAAGUCCAACAUUUCUCCUCAAAUAUUUAAAAUCAUUUUAAGAUUCAUUUAUUGUGGAAAAAUUGAUUUAACGGAUUUACAAGGGCCAGAAUUAUUAGAUCUUUUGAUUGCAGUAGAUGAACUUAGUGUCCAAACAUUAAUUCCUUGUAUUCAAGAAUAUUUGAUUAAUUAUCAAUAUGACUUUUUAAAACAAAAUCCAAUUGAAAUUCUUGAAAUUGUUUAUCAAAUUAAUCAAUGUGAUACUUUCUCUGGUUUAUGGGAUUUUUUUCUUACAACAAUUUGUGAAAAUCCAGAGAUAAUAUUUAAUUCUGAUAAUUUAUUUAAAUUAAGAGCUCCUUUAUUGGAAUUACUUUUAAAACGAGAUGAUCUAUUAUUGGAUGAAAUUGAAAUAUGGGAUAACUUGAUAAAAUGGUGUUUGGCUCAACAUCCUUCUAUUCAACAAGAUGUUCUGAAAUGGAAUAAAGAAGAAAUUACAAUUAUAAAAAAUACUUUUCAAAAUUUCAUCCCUUUAAUUAGGUUUUAUCAUAUAUCUUCUGAUGAUCUUCAUUCAAAGGUAUAUCCUUUUAAAGCAUUAUUACCUGAAGAUUUAAUUAAUAACAUACUUAUAUUUCACAAACCAACAAGUAAGAAAUUAAAUAUGGAUAUACAACCCCCUAGAAAUCCAAAAUAUGAUACACUUAUAAUUAAACCUCGACAUUUUACUAUUUUUUCUAAUUGGAUUAAAGAAAAGGGAACUGAUUCACAUUAUCAUUAUCAUAAUUUAAGAGAUAAUCCUUAUUAUUUUAAUUUGAUUUAUCGCGCUAGUAGAGAUGGUAAAACACCUAAAGCAUUUCAUAAAAAAUGUGAUUAUAAAGGAUCCACUAUAGUUAUAAUAAAAGUUGAAGGAUCAGAGCAAAUUAUUGGAGGAUAUAAUCCAUUUAAUUGGAGUUCGAGCAAUAGUUAUAUAACCACAACUGAUAGCUUUAUGUUUUCAUUUACGGAUAGGAAGAAUAUAAAAACUGGAAAAGUAGGUUAUAGUAAUGGAACAUGUUCUAUAGGUUGCUAUUUAACUCAUGGACCAAUAUUUGGUGGCGAUUUUUUUUGUCAUAAUGAUGGUACCAUUUGGUAUUUUAAUAAUUGUUUUAAUUCAUAUCCUGAUAUUGACAUUCCGAUAGGAAGUAUAAUUGUAGAUGAUUAUGAAGUCUUUCAAGUUGUAUCAAAACGAAAUUUGAAUAAUGAGGAGAGCCCUUAA